AUGGUGGAGGCCCAGCAGAUGAAGCAGGAGCUUGAAGGGACAGCUGGUGACCAUGAUGACAACUCUUUUGAUGAAGACUGUGGAGCUGCAGUAGCAACACUGAAAAAACCAAAGCUCUCUGCCCUUGAGGAGCUAUUUGCUGAUGAGGGCAUGGCAGUUGAAAUAAGACAAGAGAACAGUUUUAGCACCACAGAGAAGAUUCAAGAAGAGAUCCAGCGGUACAGAGGUCUACCAUCUACCCUAACCUCUGUGAAUCCAGUGACCUGGUGGUGGAAUGUGAGGGACACUAUGCCAAUGUUAUCAAACUUGGCAACCAGGUAUCUGUGUGUGCAAGCAUCAUCCACACCCUCAGAGCGUACAUUUUCUACUGCUGCAGAAACCUUCAGCAAGGAGCGGGCUUGUUUGUCUCCUGAGAAAGCAGUCAUGUUAAUUUUUCUGAAGAAAAACUGCAAUUUAAAAAGGUGCUCAAUAUGUAACAGUAAGCAUUAG